UACAUCACUCAUUCGUACUGCAUACUAUUCUUGCUUUCUCUGCCCUCGCUCUGCUCUGACACACAGCUGUCUUUGGAAACUUGAAGCUGCUUCUGAUUUCUUAAUCUCUCAGCUUCUGCGUCCUGCCCUUAAGCUUUGUGCCUCUUGGAGUUUGUGCCUUCCACUGAUGUUUCAGUGGGAUGUCCCACUGCGUGUGGAGGCAGUGCUGGGAGAGCAGUUCGUGGUGCAAUAGCACAUCCUCAAAUCUUCUGUCAGAUUUGCUGGUACAGGUGUGAAGCUAAGACCACUAACGUCCAGCCCUGGAACAUCCCCUGCCCCUGUCCUGAAGGUGUUCACAGGAUGCAAGGUAUUUGUCAUCUGUUUUUACAGCCACAGGCUGCCCUCCAACCCAUGGAAGUGAGUUGAAGGAGGCCCCUUUGAUGAUAUUACAGUGCGUUUUGAUAAUCGAGCCCUUUGCACGUAGUGCUGGCUGAAUUAGGAGGCUCUUCUGCAUGAAUAGCAAUUGCUCUUAUUGUUUUAAUCACAGCAGUACCAACAAAGCAGGGUCCUGCUGUGCGAGUAUGCAGAAGUACUGAACAGAAAGGCAGCUCUUCCCCAGAGCCUCACAUUAUGCCCUGUCCUCCACAGAGCUUCACGUGCGUUUUCUGUAGAGCUGAUGUUCCCUCAUCUCUGUGCUCCCUAUUCCUGUUGCCAGGAGCUACCUCAUUUCUUGGUUACCAUCUCAGGAUGAUGGGGUGUCUUUGUGUGCAUCCUGGGUAGCAUUACCUAAAAAGCUGUCCCUGCAGAUCUUGAGGUGACCCAAAACACGGGUGAAUGGGAUUCCUGAUGCUGUGCAUUGUCCCUGGAUUCCUGUCCUGCUGCACUUCUGUGGCAGAUAAAGCUAUCAAGAAAGGUCAUAAGUACUUUUGACACCAGGAGGCUCGGCAGAUGCAUCUCGGCAUCUGUGGCUUUUGCUUACCUGGUUUUUGAUCAAUAUUUCCAGUGUUCAUUCAUAAUUUCUGCAACCUUAAGAACUGUUCAAACCACACAGGAGUUUUCUGAGAUGUUUUGCUUGCUACAGAGGACUGAGGGGGCAAAGCUGGUAGUGAGCGUAGACAUAUAAAUCCAGGGAUCCCUGCUUAUUUGCUUUUAGGAUGUUGUUAGCUGAAGAUCCCAAGCAGGAGCAGGACUGAACUGCUGCUGUCAGUGGACAAGGGCACCUGGAGGGGAAGAGCACCGAGGGUAUGUGUUCCUUGAGGACUGUGUGCUCCUUGGAGAUUCUCCUGCUAUGGCAAUCCCUCUUGGCACAUGGUCUCCAGCAGAGAAAAACACAGCUGUUCACACAGCUGUUCUGUGUGAAGCCCACGGAACUGGGUGAACAUGGUGCUGCUUGGGUUAUUUGACUUUACCAGGUGUCUUUUUGAUUUGUCGCUGCUCUAGGUUCAGUGAUCCCAGCCUCAACGUGCUCUGAAGCUUCUUGUUUUUGAUUAAUACUGCUUCCCUCUUUUAGUCCCUGCUGCAGCCUGUUUUCAGGCUGGCUGAUGAGAUCUGUGCUGUUGAUUUGUAAAAUACUUCUUUUUCAUAUAUUCUUCAUGCACUUACCUCCUAUUAAUUGCUGCCAAAUUGUGCGUGCCAGCAUGUUUAGAGCUUUCCUUUCACAGCUGUUUCCCUACGUGGAGGACUGGGAUAAGGCAGCUCAGUCUUUACCAGCCCCAAAUCCACAUUUUUUUGUCCCUUGUCAUUGUAUUGGCACCCUGCUGCUUGCCCCUUUCCUAGUAUCCAAAGAGGAUGCACGUUACCCUGUCUAUGCAAGCAGUGCCUGGGUUCCUCUAUGUGUUUUACAAUUGAAUAAAUGUGUGUCUAGGUACAGAGAAACUUGCUGGGGUGUCUUUAUCUGAGUUUAUCUAGUGAGCUACAAGCUCCUGCUUGCUUCUGCUGGGCAUCAUGUGCACACAUGAGUGCUGCAUACAUUCACCAGUGCUGGCCGUAUCAAAAUCUCCCAAGGACAUUUAAGAUCACUUGUAGCCCCAACAAACCCAUCGGCUUUGCCAUUUGCUUAAUUAUAGAAUGAUAUAAUUGGGUUGGAAGGGAUCUUAAAGAACAUCUAGUUCAGCCCUCUUGGUGAGGGAGCUUAAAAGCUCUUCCAGCUUUCCUCCCGUCUGUAGCAUUGCACUUCUUUCUGCUUUAGACAGUCGAACUCUGAGAUCCCCUCCAUGCAGUCACUUGUUUCUGAUCCCUUCUUCUCUUUCAGUUCACCCCACCAAAUGUGGAUUUUUGCCGAGCUGUUUUUUAACUAUUCUGCUGCCAACAGAACUCCUCUGCACUUUAGGAAGCCCACAGACAAACUGUGUGAUCCUCUUUCUAGUUGACAAAGCUUAGGGUGGGUAAAUUUUUGUUGUCUGAAUUCUUCCUUGGUAGCUCUAGAGAAGUGAUACGUUAAAGAAGUACAAAGAGGUGGAAGGAAAAUGAGUAGAAUAGCUGACACUUUGAACCUAGAAGCUCACAUUUAGAAGAGAGAUUUGCUUCUUGGCAGGUGAGGUGUCAGUUUCAGAGCUGGAUUUAGGCAAGAAGUGCAUCUCUUGUGCCAAAGCUCCCCCUCAUGGUGCUGCCGUAUUGAGGAGGCUGUGCUCCAUGUCGAAGGGGAAGUGUGAGAGGUGCCAGUGCUCAAGCGAUACCCUUUUCCUCCUUGCUAGAUCAGGAGUGAGCAGUGUUCCCUCCCAGGGGCAGUCCGUGCCCCUGGGAGGCCUGCAGUUCCAGCUCAGAGUAGGGCCUUUGCUGCCCAGCCAAGUGAGUCUUACACCUGGGAGAGGGGCAGAGCCCAGAACCAAACCUGUUUCACUUGUAAGAUGUUGUUAGGAUGGAGAACUGUUUUACAGAGAAGGUCAGUAGCCUGCAGUCUGCUCUGCAGAGCAGCAGUGCUGCUGACUUGCUUGUGUGGCUGCCAAACUUCGACUCUUUUCUUCACCAUCUCCCUACUGUGUCUGUGCCUAGCACUUCCCUAGCCUUCACUCUUCGUGUAGCAUGGGUGGAUGCUGCCAGCCUCAGCUUUGCCUGCUGCAGGCACUGCACAUUGGAUGUGUGAAACAGUUGAGGAGCGGUUCCUUGUAAUUCAUAGCACUUUGCACUCCUGAAAGCACCAGGAAACUUACACUGCUGUCUACAAGCACUUAAGCUAUCUUCAUGGUUCAUUUUGCUUGUUUUCUUGUGCCUUCUGUUUUCCCUUGGCUUGAUGUCCUGCUUGGGGUCAGGCAUCUUCCGGCUUCCUCUUCUGCUCUGCAUGGUUUCUUCUCUGGCUGUAUGAGUGGAGAUGUGGCAUGGCCAAGGACUGUGCUACAGGUACCCCUGGUACCUCUCUGGACUUGUCACGCUUCCCACUGUCCCCUGCACCCUCACAUUGUCUCCAAGUGCCAACAGCAAAGCCUGACAAGCAAUAUUUUCUUUUCCCCACACUGCCCUUAAUCCGUGGCCCCUCAGUUCUGGAUCCUCCUCUUGGGCAAAACAGGUGUUUUCUAUGCAGUAGGAGGGGAAGGUUUCUCAGCAUUUCUUUCCUUUGGUUUAUGUGACCUCAGUUGUGUUUGGAAGUUCCUCUAAGCUCUAUCCACGGGUAAAUCUCCUCUGCUCAAGAUCUGACCCGUUUUUGCAAGGACCGAUGCUGAAAGGGACAUAACACGUUCUGAGCUGCCCCGUGCAGUUCUGAUUUUACUGACGUUCCCAGGCUGGUUCUGGAACAGCCAUCUCCCAGAGGUGUCUCUCUUUGGAGAUCUGGGCAUUUUUGCAGCUCUCAUUGCUCUGUAUGAGUCCUGACCUCAUCACCUCAUUCUGUGCUUUGUUUUUCAUUUAUGGAAGCUCCCCACCCACCCAGCACAUCCGUACGAUGAAGGGACCUUUAUCUGGCUCCUUAUUCCUGCAAAACCAUUAAACACAGCAGCACAGAAACAAGCAUCUUUCUUUUUUUGAAAUGGGGAUCCUACUGCCUUGCUUCCCAUCCCUUUGUGCAGUUCUGAUGGCUCAGAGUCGGAGGUACCCGGUGCACGUGGCAAUACCGAAGCAAGGUGUAUUUGCUAGCUCACUGCCACACACAUUUCUGGGGUUUUCUCUCCUUUAUCAGCAUCCCCAUAGUGCUCACUGGCCGCUGUCUGCUGGCCCAGGGGCAGCUGCUGAACCUGCAGCUUCCUAGCUUUCCUCCGCAGGCACUGCAGCGCUGGAGGUGAUGUCCAGAUAAGGUCUCAAGCUCGUUCCUCAGCGAUAAACCUGGCUCGUGUCAGCACGGCGCCUGCACUCGUGGCGCGGUACGAGAGGAGCUCUUUACCCUCAAGCCCCCCUCUGUUAGCUCAGCUGUUGCUGCGCUGUCGUGCUGCGAUGGCCACUUCUUACGCCUCUGCUCCAUCGCGGAGCCAGCCGAACCAGAGGAGCCAUGGGAAGCUAUUUCCCUUCUCCCCGUGUUGUUCAGUGACAGCUGUGUUGCUGCAGUCCAGCUGCAGUCCAGCUGCGUGGCCUGUUUGUUGGUGGGGGCUCCACGCAGCGCGGCAGAUGGUGACUUCUUUGCCUCCCCCUACCCUCUGUGUCAGCAGACGCCGAUGCCUCUAUGGAAAAAGUCACCUGUGUCACACCCUGUGACAGCUCAUACUAGGGUGGCUAUGAGUUUGCUCUUUGAUCCCAGUUGCCUCUUUAGAGGUAAUGCCUUUCAUGCUCAUGUGUAGAACGGCCCUUCUAGGGAGCUUUCUGCAGGACUCGGGGCACUUGUGUAUGCAGUCAGGGGGGAAAACAGCACAGGAUCCUGUGUUCCCAUGCUCAGCUGAGAGAUCACUGCCUGUCCCAGCAAUGCUGCCCUCUGGAUCCCUGCUCCGAGCUGCCCCAGCAUGAAGACUACAAGGAAACUAAAGCACUCUUCAUGUGCCAUUCUCACUUGACUUUUUGUCAUGACAUUAAUGGAGCUCUGGAGCCAUCUAACAUCGACACCAGCAUCCUGGAGGAGUACAUCAGCAAGGAGGACUCACCAGAUAUCUGUUUCCCUGACAUCUCUGCUUCAUCUGGCUGUGCACACCCCCAGCCCUCCAGCUCAGCCACCAUCAGCGCGCCUCUUCCCAGUUCCGUCGGCAGUGCUGGGCAUGUGAACAACCCUGCUUCCAGUGGUUCCCUCCACCUUCCUUCCCCGGGCAGCCAGAUCCCGAUCCAUCACGGUCCUCUCCUGGCCAACCCUUGCGGACCCAGCUAUGGUGCUCACCUCAACUGCAAUAACAACAAUGGCAUGGCGGUGCCCAAGGGCUACCUCGGUGGCCACUGCCUAAACAGCAUGGUCCCUCCAAUCAAAUCGGAGUCCAAGGCCUCCUACGCACCUGGCACUUUACCCGACUCUCCCCCUGACUCUGGAUCAGAAGCCUACUCACCUCAGCAGGUGACUGAUCCUCACCUCCUUCGGACCAUGACCCCAGAGAACAUGUGCCAUGUAAUUCCCCCAUCUCGCCUGGAGCAUCCUCCGCCGCCACCACCUCCUCCUCCUCCUCCCCCCCACCUGCAAGCUGUGCCCCCUCCUUCCCACCCACACUACCCUGGCCUGCAGCGGGACCUGUACAUGAAGGCUGAGCCCCUGAUGCCACCCUAUGGCAUGGGGCAGGGCAUAGCACCAGCUGACCUCCACCACGCUCAGCAGUCACAGAUGCUGCACCAGCUUCUCCAGCAGCACGGAGCAGACCUCCCAGUGCACCCUGCCAAGAAAAGGAAGCAUUCCGAGUCACCCCCAAACACCCUUAGUGCACAGAUGCUCAACGGGCUGAUAAAGCAGGAGCCAGGCAUGGGGUCUGUGCCACUCAACCCCGAAAGAGUUCCCACGCCUCCUUGGCACCAGCCAGGACCUCUCUCUCCAGGCCUGAUUCAGGAUAAUGACAGCUUGAAUGGCUCCUAUCUAGACCCCAACUACCAGUCUAUAAAGUGGCAGCCACAUCAGCAAAACAAGUGGGCAACUCUCUAUGAUGCCAACUAUAAAGAACUCCCCAUGCUCACCUACCGCGUGGAUGCUGACAAAGGGUUCAACUUCUCUGUGGGCGACGAUGCCUUUGUGUGCCAGAAGAAGAAUCACUUCCAGGUCACGGUCUACAUCGGCAUGCUUGGAGAUCCCAAGUAUGUGAAGACCCCCGAGGGCCUGAAACCCUUAGAGUGCUUCUACCUGAAGCUGCACGGAGUGAAGCUAGAGGCCCUGAACCAGUCGAUCAACAUCGAGCAGUCGCAGUCCGACCGCAGCAAACGGCCCUUCAACCCUGUCACGGUCAACCUGCCUCCAGAGCAGGUCACUAAGGUUACUGUGGGGCGGCUGCACUUCAGCGAGACCACGGCUAACAACAUGAGGAAGAAAGGAAAACCUAACCCAGACCAGAGGUAUUUCAUGCUUGUGGUAGCCCUGCAGGCACAUGCACAGAACCAGAACUACACACUUGCAGCCCACAUCUCUGAGCGCAUCAUUGUCCGAGCCUCCAACCCUGGCCAGUUUGAGAGUGACAGCGAUGUGCUCUGGCAGCGGGCUCAGCUCCCUGAUACCGUGUUCCACCACGGUCGGGUGGGCAUCAACACAGACCGCCCCGAUGAAGCCCUCGUGGUCCAUGGCAACGUGAAGGUGAUGGGUUCCCUGAUGCAUCCAUCAGAUGUCCGAGUGAAAGAGGACAUCCAGGAGGUGGACACCACAGAGCAGCUGAAGAGGAUCUCACGGAUGCGGCUGGUGCACUACAACUACACACCUGAGUUUGCAGCUACGGUGGGCAUCGACAACACCUCUGAGACAGGUGUCAUUGCUCAAGAGGUGAAGGAGAUCCUCCCUGAAGCAGUGAAGGACACCGGGGACCUGGUCUUUUCCAAUGGGAAGACCCUGGAGAACUUCCUAGUGGUGAACAAGGAGCGCAUCUUCAUGGAGAACGUGGGAGCUGUGAAGGAGCUGUGCAAGCUGACAGACAACCUGGAGACCCGCAUCGAUGAGCUGGAGAGAUGGAGCCACAAGUUGGCCAAGCUCAAACGUCUUGACAGCAUGAAGUCAACUGUGAGCUCUGGGGCGUUCAGCCAAACGGGAAGCCAGUUCAGCCGUGCAGGAAGCGUGCCCCACAAAAAGAGGCCUCACAAGAUAGCCAGCAAGUCACCGUCGGUUGUCCCGGAGCAGGCCUGCAUCAGUCAGCGCUUCCUGCAAGGCACCAUCAUUGCCUUGGUGAUCAUCAUGGCCUUCAGUGUGGUGUCCAUGUCCACGCUCUACGUGCUGAGCUUGCGCAGCGAGGAGGACCUUGUGGAUAUUGAAGGGUCAAGCCAGAAUAUUGACAAAACACAGAUGGUGCGAUCCACAGCUGCAUCAGACAGAGCCAGCAGCAGGACCCCAACACACCACGCCACAUCACAUGUGCUCGACUUACUCGAUGCUUUGCCUGGUCACAGCGUGCUAGCCUGCUUCAACCCACCGUGUUUCUCCACAUGCUGCUCUGCUGCUCCCACCAAUGCCUCCUCUGUUGCCCUCUCUGAGGCCAGCCCUACUCAUGUCACCAAUCAGACAGACCAAAGUCAGACCUCACUGCAGCCAGUGACAAAUAUCAAAGCCAAAUCCAGGGGCAUCACCAGGAAGGCAACCUCCUACACCAAGCGGCCAAAGACGCCUGACAGGUCUCAGAGCUUCGGCAGCCCCAAUGCCAGCCCCUCCUCCCCCUUCACCCACCUCCAGGGCAAAUCCAAGUACAUCUCCAACCUCUCGCUCUCCCGCAGCAACUCCCCACUGGGGCAGGCCCGGCCGCAGCGCAGCAUCAGGCAGCUGGUGAGCGAGUGGCCCCACACACAAGACCCCAGCACAGAUGGGCCAAGCCCAGUGCUGCGUUCCAUCCGGAUCCUGGAGAUUGAUAUGGCCAUCCAGUCCCAGUUCUGUGCAGCCAGCAGUUCAUGCAGGACUGGAAACUUCACCUACCGCAUCCCCAUCAGCCAGCUGACAGCAGUGAACACCAACCUGACCCUGGAGAUGAACUCCUCCUCUGUGCUGUCCAUUUCCCUUUGUGGCCUUGUCUCCAGCGACCCUUGCCAGGAUGUUGCAAGCACAGACGGCUUCAGUGAUGGCACAGACACACAGGAAACGACACACCGGUGGCCUCUUGUGAUGCUGUCUUUCAGGGAGUUCACCUACCACUUCAGGGUGGCACAGACUGGCCGAGCCAACUGCAGCACUACUCCCGAACAGAUGGGACACCUUUUUACUGACUAUUAUUUUCAGUUCUACUGGCUCUGUGAGUGAGUCCUGGCAGCACCAGUGCCCUUUGGUUGGAGAGAGGAGGGGGACUGGUGACACUGGGGAACUUCCUGUACACCCUCCUCCGCUGACCCCCAGCCCCACCUCAGCCCCGUCGCCCUCCUUAGGGGUGGAGAUGGUUUGGUUGUGACUGGCGGUGCUGACACUGAAGUACAGCACAUACGGAACACAGGACCUAAGCCACAGAAACACGACCAGCCCUGCGCCAUCUCCUGGGCUCACCUAGCACCAACACUGCCCCAAACACCCUUCCUUCCCUUUUGGGGACGCUUGUGUCCCCCAGCCCCUGCAACACUGGAUUUGAAAGCAUUACACUGGAUGGAACGUGGAUGGAUCUGCCAUAUCCCAGAGCAUGGGACUUGCCCAGCUGUGCCACGUCAGUUCUCCGCAACACUGGAAUUGCUCAACACUGGAGCCCUUUCCAAGAGGAAAAAGCUGGAGUUUCACCUGGAAAGGAAAGGCUGUGCCUGGACAUACUGGAAGUUGUACACUGGAGUUGCUGUUCCUUCAAAUUGGACCUGCAGCCCCACCAGACCCCUGGAGACCCCAGGACUCCUGUUCUCCACAGAAGGUGUAGCUUCCGCAUUUGCCCCCCUCCUCACUGUGCUGUCAUUACAUCCAGGUCAGGAUGGAUAAACUCAAAAACCCCACUAAAGAUGCUGCUCAGGCUGUGCUCAAGCCAAACUACACGAGAGGACACUUAACCAUCAGCCCCUGGGAGGAAAACUACCCCAAGCCACUUGUGUUAAGUGUUGGUUAAACACUGUAGGACCCAUUUUCUUCACUUGCCAGUGGCCACUUGUGAUGUGCACAGAGCUGCCCAGUUGGCUCUGAAGAAAAAGAUGACUGACCAAGCCCAGUGUGCCCUGCAGAGCACAGCUGGGCUGCUGGGGCUGUGUGGUGUGGUUUCACUACGUAACCAGCGGGGGAAAAGCAAUGACAGUGAGUUCUCACUGCCUCUGCUCUCAGAACGCAGUUACGUUGAGUGUACUCUGGGUAUUUUACUGUUACAAGUUCUUAACUUGCUAAACUACUGAAUUUAAUUUCUUUUUUUAAGCCACAUAAAAAUGGGUCUCUUAAUUCUGUCCCUGUUGAGCUCUGUGCAUCUUGCAUAGGAAACCGAAGGGGGGCACUGCUAAGCUCGAUGUUAAAGCCUGAUUGCUGCAGCAGUACUGGGAUGUCAGCUCCCAGUGCUCCCAUGCCCUCCUUUCUGUCCUGCUCCAGCAAAAGGAGACCUCUGUGCUCCUGGAGGCUGAACCACCACUAGCUCCAGAAAAUGGAGACUCAUUUUCCUAAGGAAGCAGCACUGGAGAAUGGCAGCGAGGGGGAACACUCCGGUCCUGAAGGAAACCCUAAAGCUGAUUAAGAGAAGAGCACACCUUUUGGGAAACAGCAUCAGGGUCUGGCUGCUGCAUUCGUUCUGUCAGUGGAGGUAGAUGCAGCGAUCCCUUUGCCAGCUGCAGGCCAUGUUUUUUCCAUCGCUGAGGAGCACAGGGCAGGAGCAACUCUCUACCAGCAGGCUCUUCUGCUCUGGAGAAAUGAGCUGCAGAGAUGUUUUACCUGAUAGAUGGUUCCUACAUGCGCUGCUUCUGUUACAGAGCUCCCUUCUGAGGCUGUCCCAGCAGAGCAGCUGCACCCUUGCAAUUCCUUGCAGCAUCACUGGGAUUUUGCGUGGCUGCCCUUCCAGGACCUUGCCCUUUCCUUUAUUUGCAGGGCAGUUCCAAGGUCAGAUCUCUAUUCCAAUGCUGUGCCCAUGGGCAGCAGUGGAUGAUAUGGGUGAUGCUCUCCAGCAAGCACAAUGCACUGAAGUCUGGGCAGCCAGGAACCAGAGGGUGAGCAGGGAAUGCCAGGCAGCCAAAAGGAAUGAAGCUUAGGGAAACCUUUGGGGAGCUCGGAGGGAGAGCAAGAGGCACGGCAGCACAGACACAAACAGGUCAGCUCUGUGCUCAGCAGGAUUUUCUGCUUCUGCAAGGAAACCCUCUGGUGGACUCUCAGAGAGGAUGCUCAGCACUCCUCUUUCCACCUGUCCUAUGCAUUCUGCUCAGCCUUAAACUGAAUAAGUUACUUUCUUGGCAGCUUUUACUCUCCACUUGGCAAUCAGUGGCUCAGCCAAUCCUCGUCCUGGCGAGCAAUGCCCUGUGCUCUGCUAGCUCUGCUCAGCUGAGGGGCAGCCUUCUCAGACCCCACUGCCAUUUCUCCUACCUGCCCACGCUCUCUUUUAGCCCCCACAGAGGUAACAGGCAGUGCUGUGACGGCUGGAGCCGACAGUGCUGCCUGCAAUCACUGCCACCAAUCCACCCUUGCCAACGGAGCCCCUGAGCCACACGUGUGUCUCCCUGGCUGCAGGCAGGGAGGAGAAAGCAAUCAGCCACUGGACACAUGCCAGCCCAAGAGGAGAUGGGGGUCUCUCAGGUGUCCCUGUGAUGCUCAGCCAUUGGGUUACAAUGGCCUCAGCAAACCAAGUGCCUAAUGGCUAUGGGAACAUCUCUAGUGCCUUGUUCUGCCAACAGGGUUCCCUACGCCUGUGUGUCUCAAAAACAGCGGUCUGUCAGCUUGAGAAACAAGGCAGUACCCGAAGUGUAACAGGUGAUGCUGCAGCUGUUUUACAGCAGGAAAACAGAAGGGGCUGAGAGCAAUCUGUGGUAUCAGAGGAGAGAUUCAGAACAUCAUCUUCAGCAUCUUACGUUGCAGUAAUUUGUCUUAAUGUACAUCACAGAUCACACAUCUGUUCCACCAGCAGCCGAGCAGCAAUGAGCUCAGAAGGUUUUUGUAACAAAAAAAAAAGUCAACAAGACUGCUUCUCAGCCCACGGGAACAGCCGUUUGCACAGACCACCCCUGGAAGCUCUCUGCCCUGCCCACUGCCCUGUUCCCCACUCCCAAUCAGUAACCAGAGAGUUCACAAUCAGGCCUUUACCUGCGUGAGACGGAGGGAGCUCUGAGCCAAUGUCUCCAGCCCUGCAGCUCGGGGAAACCCUUCUUCAGCUGGAAACAGGAGCUUCAUCUCUCUAGACAUUCUUGGCAGAAAGGAAGCCAAGCAUGGAAACGAGGCCACUUGCCAAAGUUUGGCUGUUUCGGAGUUUGUUUCAAAAGCAAAUUCACAAACAUUCUGUCCUACUGUCAAGAGCUUAAAGCCUGUAAAUAGAGACUAUACCACCACAAGAAUUAAGAAAAAAAAAGUAAAGCACUAAUUUGUUUGGUUUAAAUGUUGCUGUCACUGCUUUAAUCACUGUAUAUUGCCAGCGAGUUCGUAGAGUUGCCUUCUUAGCAGGUAUUAUUGAUCAUAGGUUUUUAUUUGUGGGGAACAAGUGUGGUUUCCCUUCCUUUCUUUCUGAUUUAUAUUUAUAUUUUGCUAAAUUGGAGUGCUGAGUCUUCAGAUUCCCCACUUUUAUGUUUGGCUUAUUUAGACUUUGUUUUAUGCUGGAGGUAAAUAUGCCUAUAUAAAUAAAUAUAUGAAUAUUGCUUUGUACUCAA